AUGCCCUCCCACAGCAGACUUGGCCGGCCCGCUUCAGCUGAGUUGGUUCCUGCCGUGCUGGAGCAAGCGGUGGUUGAACCAGAGAAGCCACUUUCGUUGGGCCAACAGUGGGAAGCUUGCCGGGUUCACAUCUUGCGGUCGAUCUGCUGUGCUCCCCUCGACCCUGUGGCCUUACAUGCUGACGCUUGGGGCUUGAAGAAGCUCUUCACAUACGGCGUCAGGAAGGGUGGCCAUGACAAGGACACUGCAGUGAAUCCUUUCUUUGAUGAGCUCUGGAAGCAUUGGCACGUGCAAUCUGGAUGCACCGACAUUCCCGUCGAAGUGGACGACUCAGAUGAUGAGAGCUCAGACUUCACAAUGUACCUGUGUGUGAAAUCUGACCCAUAUGGUCCUGCUCCUGAUGGUAAUGGUGGGGCUGUGAAAGCCGGGAAGUCAGAGCUUGCUCCGCCAGUUGUGGCACCGGUGGAGGAGCCGACCAUUCCUGUUGAGAAGUUGGUCAUCGUUGAGGACUCUCCACUCAAGCUGACCACAAAGAAGGAGGAGGUUGAUGCAAUGCCCAUGUCUACAGCUCAAAUCGAGGGUCUGGAAGGCUCUCCGGCUGGCCAACCCUUGAAGCGAUCACUGGAGAUAGAUCUUGGGAGUGCUGUGGCUAGUGAGCCAACGGAAGAGCCAAUUCCUGAGCCAGCAAUGUUGCCUCCUGCACUGGACACCCUUGCUGAUGUGGCUGAGGACGAGGGCUACGUACCAACUUCACCGGCAGAAACACCUCAAGAGCCUUGUACAGGAACAAUGAUCAAAGAUGAAGACCCUGCGCCACCUCUUGUCAAGGACACUGAGACUGACAAGGCUGCAGAGCCUGAAGCUUCUCUUCCCAUGGACACCGAGAUUGACAAGGCUGCAGAGCCUGAAUCUUCUCUUCCCAUGGACACCGAGACUGACAAGGCUGCAGAGCCUGAAGCUUCUCUUCCCAUGAACGCCGAGACUGACAAGGCUGCAGAGCCUGAAGCUUCUCUUCCCAUGGACGCCGAGACUGACAAGGCUGCAGAGCCUGAAGCACCUCUUCCCAUGGACACCGACCAGACUGACAAGGGUGGAGAGCCUGAAGCACCUGUGCCCAUGGACACCGAGAUUGACAAGGCUGCAGAGCCUGGACAGCCUUCAGAACCUCUUGCCGUGGACAUGGGCAUCGAGAAUGAUAAGGCUGCAGAGCCUGAAGAACCUCUUGUCGUGGAUGUGGACAAGAAGAUGGAAGGCAAACCUGAAGAGUUUGUUGAGAUUGUGGAUGACUCUCAGCCUCCUCUGGGUUCUGGAGUGGAUGCCCAGCCAGACGACUUCGUCGAAAAGAUGCUUGAGGCUGCCUAUGAACAGGACUCAGAGGAGCCACCUGUUGUGAAGCGAACUGAGCAAUGGAAGCUGAAAGCUGCCAGCAAAACGCCCAGGGGCAGAAAGCCCAAAGCAAAGGCCAAGGCUGGUGCAAAGCCUAAGGCUGGUGCAAAGCCUAAGGCUUCUGCAAAGGCUAAGGCUGGUGCAAAGCCUAAGGCUUCUGCAAAGGCUAAGGCUGGUGCAAAGCCUAAGGCUUCUGCAAAGCCUAAGCCUGCUGCAAAGGCUAAGGCUGAUGCAAAGCCUAAGACUAAGGGAAAGAACAAGGCCGAGGUUGAUGGAGAGGGCAUGGCUCUUGAAGAGCCUGCGCCAAAGCGCAGACCUGCUGCUGGGCGAACCAAGCACCACAUCUCCAUCGACGACAUUGUGGAACCCACACCUGCGUCAUGGAAAGCGGACCCAGCACCACCAGCACCUGUCCCGAAGAAGAAGAGGAUGGCUCGCACCAAGAAGUCUGCUUUGGAAGAACGUGCUGCUGCUAACCAGUUGGCCAAGGAGCCUGCUGAUCAACCAAAGAUUACUUGGGGUCCUGUUUCAAAAGAAGGCGCAGAAGCUUUUCAAAAAAACUUGUCCCCUUUGCAGGAAGCCGAUGCUGGAGCUGAACCUUCUGCCAGUGCUGAUGGUGGCGAUGCCAUUGGCGCCAGUGAUGAUGCUUGUGCACCGCCUGCUGAGAAGGAGAAAGGUGAGGAAGCGGGCAAGUUGAAGAGCUUUGCCCGUCGCUUUUGCCCGCAGAGAAGCCCAGCGAAGGAGAAGUGGUUUGUGCUGCGCAAGGUGUUCUUGGACGAGAUUCAGGAGUCUGCUGAGGGCCUGGGAUCGUCUUGCAGCAAACUUCAGGCUGAUUGGUGGACCUAUACUCGCAAGAAGCUGGAGGAGGUUGAGGUUCCACCCUUUCAGGACUCAGAGCAGUUCAGCGCCGCAUUUCAUGCGCUCGUGCACUCCUUUGUGCAGCCGUUCCUGGAUGAGAACGGCCAUCAGAUGGAGGAUUCUGAGGACUAA